CCAUUUAAUGUUAUAAGCUCUUUUUUAUAGCGUCAUAUCAGCUUUGGGAAUUGGUUUUUAGGGUUUCAGCAAGAAGAAAAAGGAUGGAGAAUCUGCCUCCAGGGUUCAGAUUCCAUCCCACAGAUGAAGAACUCAUCACUUACUAUCUUUCCCACAAGGUGUCCGAUAUCAGCUUCACUUCCAAAGCUAUUGUCGAUGUUGAUCUCAAUAAAUCUGAACCUUGGGAUCUUCCAGCCAAGGCAUCAAUGGGGGAGAAAGAAUGGUACUUCUUUAACUUGAGAGACCGGAAGUACCCGACUGGGCUUCGAACAAACCGAGCCACCGAAGCCGGGUAUUGGAAAACCACCGGCAAAGACAAGGAGAUCUUCCGAGCAGGCGGCAUUCUUGUUGGGAUGAAGAAAACCCUAGUUUUCUACAAGGGAAGAGCCCCCAAGGGUGAGAAAAGUAAUUGGGUCAUGCAUGAAUAUAGACUUGAAAACAAAAACCCUUUCAAAGCCACAAAGGAGGAAUGGGUGGUGUGUAGGGUAUUCCAAAAGAGUGCAGCAUUGAAGAAACCCCAGCCAAGUUCAUCCUCUCAACCAUCGCUUGGAUCUCCAUGUGAUGCAAAUUCAAUCGUGAAUGAGUUUGGCGACGUUGAGCUACCAAACUUGAAUAUCAAUGCCAGGGGCAUUGCAAACCCCAGCUACAGUAACACUGUUAACCUUGCUCAUGUGAAUCCCAUGAACUUAAACCUGGAUUUUGGAGCAGCAGCAAGCUUUCCAUCGUCUCUCUCUUGGCCUUCCACCAUUCUAAACCCUAAUCUUUCCAUGAAUUCCUUUCUGCUCAAGGCAUUGCAGCUUAGGAAUCUUCAACCAAGAGAUUUUACAGCUAUGGAUUAUUCGAUUCUGUCGUCAACACAAGGGAUUAAUAUCCCUCCAUACGCAACAGAUUUAGCUUCUUCUUCCAAGGUUGUAGUUCCUUUGCAUCAACAACAACAACAGCAACAACAACAACAUGAGCAACCAUUCAACAUGGACUCCAUGUGGUGA